AUGACUGCUAUUCGCACAGGCUAUGCUAAAACUUGUACUCUUUCUAAGCCUUAUUGUCAACGUUGCGACCGAACCUUCGAUACCAUUCGAGCAAGAGACCAGCAUCUCGAUGCCUCAGCUCGUCACCACAUUUGCGAUGUCUGUCCGUUCGACGGCUCCUCCUAUGAUGAGUUGGUACAACACCACCGUAGCACGCUUCAUAGGAUUAUGUGCGACGGUUGUGACGAUGGUGGGUGGUGGAUACCGGAUAGCCAAGCGUACAAAGACCAUUUGAGGGAUGAUAAUGUGUGUGCGAGAUGCGAGCGUCAUUUCAAUAGCCCCAGCAAUCUGCGACAUCACAAACUGGUGCACCUACCGCCUUCUGUAGAAUGCUAUGGUUGCACUCGAUCCUUCACUACUUAUUUUGGGAUGAUAAUCCAUCUAGAGUCUGGGACUUGUACGUCUGGCAUUGAUAUUCUUGACUUGAACGAGUCAGCUGCAAUGUGUUAUCAGUGGCAGAAGUUCCUGGACGAGGAAUACCGUGACGACAUCCUUCGCUGUUAUGAUUUGGAGGAAGAGUGCGAUGGCGCGGUUUAUCCGUUUAGGUGUCCAGAAUGCGACACUACGUUUUCGAAGCUUUCAGGACUCUUUCAGCACGUAGGUAGUGGGUCUUGCGAACAGAGGCUGAACGGCGGGCCGAUAGCUAAGCUUGUGAAGUGGUUGUCAAAUAGGCAUGCCUAGUAAGCAGAUUUGGAAGAGCUAUUGCAAGGCCAUAUUUUAAUCGAAGAGUGACUACAAAGGCAAACUGACGCUAUUUGUAUUGAAAUAGCUACUCAUAUUGAAACCAUAUAAG